GGGGCGCCGAGCAUGGGCGGCGGGCGCUGGGCCGCGGCGGGCGCGCUGCUGGCGCUGGCCGCCGGGCUCCUGGCCGCGGGCUCGGCCAGCGAGUACGACUACGUGAGCUUCCAGUCGGACAUCGGCGCCUACCAGAGCGGGCGCUUCUACACCAAGCCGCCGCAGUGCGUGGACAUCCCGGCCGACCUGCGGCUGUGCCACAACGUGGGCUACAAGAGGAUGGUGCUGCCCAACCUGCUGGAACACGAGACGAUGGCCGAGGUGAAGCAGCAGGCCAGCAGCUGGGUGCCCCUGCUCAACAAGAACUGCCACAUCGGCACCCAGGUCUUCCUGUGCUCGCUCUUCGCGCCCGUCUGCCUGGACCGGCCCAUCUACCCGUGCCGCUGGCUCUGCGAGGCCGUGCGCGACUCGUGCGAGCCGGUCAUGCAGUUCUUCGGCUUCUACUGGCCCGAGAUGCUCAAGUGCGACAAGUUUCCCGAGGGCGACGUCUGCAUCGCCAUGACCCCGCCCAACGCCACCGAGGCCUCCAAGCCCCAAGGCACGACCGUGUGUCCUCCAUGUGACAACGAGCUGAAAUCGGAAGCCAUAAUCGAGCAUCUCUGUGCCAGCGAGUUUGCCCUGAGGAUGAAAAUCAAGGAAGUGAAAAAGGAAAACGGCGACAAGAAGAUUGUCCCCAAGAAGAAGAAGCCCCUGAAGCUGGGGCCCAUCAAGAAGAAGGAGCUGAAGAAGCUGGUCCUGUACCUGAAGAAUGGGGCCGACUGCCCCUGCCACCAGCUGGACAACCUCAGCCACCACUUCCUCAUCAUGGGCCGCAAGGUCAAGAGCCAGUACCUGCUGACGGCCAUCCACAAGUGGGACAAGAAAAACAAGGAGUUCAAGAACUUCAUGAAGAAGAUGAAGAAUCACGAGUGUCCCACCUUCCAGUCGGUCUUCAAGUGACUCUUGGGAAGGGGGGGCGGGUUGGGGAGGGAGCCUGGGGGGCAGGGGAGGGGUGAGGGCUGAGCGGACGCCCCUGGACCCCCGGUGGUUCCCCCUCCACCCCCGUGCUCCUUUGAGGUGGAGGGCGGCGUAACCCAGUUGCUUUGCAGCAUCGUGACCCUCCCGCCUUCCCCAGGCUCCAGCCCCCCCCCCCCCCCCAACAGGUAGAGCCGAUAUUUAAAGCCGCACGCCCAGGUGAGAAACCCACUUAGAUUAGGAAGCUUCUCAAGACCUAUACGUGGAGCAGCACAUCCCCGGGGGGAGAAAGGGAGAUACAGGCCUGCCAGGUCCACCAGAGACACAGUCACUACAAAAGGCAACGCCGCCGGCCCAGAAAGGGACCAUCAGCUAGUCUAUGCCUGUGGAACUAGAAACUUCUAACUCUUGGCAAAAUGCUUUCCGUUCCAGAGGAAUCUUCUCUUUCUGUCCAUUGUUCAGACAGAAACAAACACACCACCACACUCACCAUGAAGAUCAGCUCCAGAGAGUGACCGGUGCGGGGAUGGGGAGCUUGAGAAAUAGCCCAAGGGAGUACAGUGCCUGGCCCCCGCCUCCGUGUGGUCCUUGACACGGACCAGCCUGUCUCGGAUGCCCUGGAGGUGGUUACCAUCAGACCCGGCCGUGAUCUCGCCUCCUGACACGUGGAGGGCAGCACAGGCCUGCCUUGGGUGACAGAGGUGAUGACUCAUAGACUGGGAAGGCAAAUGUUAGUGGUUUUCAAAAAAAAAAAAAAAAAAAGAAUUAAAGGAGAAAAACAGGAAAAAAAAAUUUAGAACAGUCCAGCAAAUUGGUAGUCUAGGGCAAACUGUCACUGGGUGAAGAGUUUAUUAAUCUAAUUCCUUUGUUUGUUUGUUUCACAUUGUUUUAAAGCAACCAACAAACCCCCUGACUCUUCAAGGGUUUUUGUUUGUUUGUUUAAAAAAGUCUCCAUGGAGCAUUUGGAAAGGUGUGGCAAGAUGGGGGACUCUGCAUGCCUUUGAGAUCACUUUCUAGCUGAGCAGCUGUCUUUCUGGGUAGUUUCUGUGGGAGGUGGAUUCUCCUAAGCAUAGCUGUGGUUCUCCUUCCUGAGGGGUUCUGGGUUACCCUGGGCCCAACACCACACUAAUUUAAACUCACAGUGUGCCCCACUCCUGUCUUUCUUGUGAAGAAUGGAUUCCUUUGAACUUGAUUGCCUAGAGAUCAGAGACAGUCAGAAUAGGCUGCCUGCCUGUCCUCCUGCACUUAACAAAAUAUUUUGUUUUCAUUUCUGCAGAGGGAAAGUUAAGCUACAAAGGUCCCCAUUCCAAGGAGGGAAUUUAGAAAGCAAAGCAACUGUGGUUUUUCCCCAAGGGCCCUAAGAUAAUUCUCACGCCUGUGUGUUAAUAAGUGAUGUACAUAAACCCAUUCAUGGAAGCAACUUGACUCCUCUUGUUCAAUGUAUAGGAAGUAAUUACCCCCCCGAAAAAAAUUAAUGUUGAUUUCUUCCUCACAUCAGAUUCUUAAUUCUCUGUAACACCUCGAGGACUUUCGUAAUUGUCCCUCUGGGUGAAUCUGAUGCUGCAGUGGAACUCAGGCUCAUCAACCCCGUGGCUCCUUCUGUUAACUUUCUAAAGUACAGUCUGAAAACCAGCCUGCCAACCUUGUUACCUACUUGAGGGUUAUCCUGAUCUAAAUGAACCCCUGGCAAUUAGUGACCCACCAUUUAAUACAUUUUUUUAAUUCUCUCUGACCUUUAAUCAUAAAGUGUUGGGGAUUGUAUGUGAUUUGCCUGUAAUUUUGGAUGAUUUUUUCAAAAAAAAUGUGUGUAUAUAUAUAUAUUAGUGAAUUAGAAAUAUCCUCCUUUCCUAUUGUCAACUGAAAUUCAGAGCAAUUCAUGAAAGCCUGGAUCUGGGUCUUAGUUUUGAUUGAUUAACCCAAAAGCUCAGUGUUCUUAUGUAUCUGCUUGUUUGGACAGAGGGUGUCAUGUCACAGGGCCUCUUCAGGGUGGGGGCCUUGGGAAAGCUUCACGUGGGGCACAGCGGUUACUCUAGAAAGGUUAUCAGUGAAUAGGUAGACUCUAAAUGGAAAUUCUCAGGUAGGAAGUGGUGUUUUCAGAUGAGAGUUCAGAAUAAAUUGGAAAUGUGAAUUGCAGCUGCUGGUUUUACCCGGGCCACAGAGCCCCGGACCUGAGGUUCCCUGUGGACAUGGGACAGCCUGGGCUGUGACCCGUCAGCCAGUUUAGGGUGAAGAGAGGCUCUGGGUCCAGAGCUGCAUUUGAUCACAAACCAUUGUUUUUCUCAACAAAGGAUAUGCCGAAACCAACUUGGAGAUUCGUGGGCUUGCUCACUCCUUUCCAGAAGAGCGGUGUAGGUGAUUUGGUAAUCAUCCCUAGUGCAAAGAUCGUCUUCAUAAACGUUUAAAAUCAUCAUCCUGGGUGGAAUCCAGAGGGGUCAUGGGCAAAACUCAGCUAAAUCUUUGAGGAAUAUCAGUACUUUCCUUAGCAGACAGAAAGUGAGGUGAGAAUUUCAAGAAUGUUUUAUUUGUAGAGCGUCCUGUGUCACCCUUGGCUUUGGGUGGCUGUGAAUUAGCACCAAGGGCUCCCUAAGGCAUCUGGGUCUGUAAAUGACUGAGACCCCAUGUGCAAACCUAGAAUCUGUCUUUUUUAGCAGACUCCAAGUACCCAGUUGCUGUGCUGUAAGUGUGUGGAUGUCUUGGGCUUAGGAGCUCUGUUUUAGGAAAGGUUCCCCUGGAACAAUGUGCUGGUCCCCUGACCUGUCACCAGCAGAUACAUAGGACACAGACGAGAUUCCUGUUUCCUCUAGUUCCUCCAUGUAGCAUUCCUCUUAUAGAACCUAAAUCUCUUAUAAAUGCUUUGAAUACUGUGAAAAUGUUUUACAUUCCAUUUCAUUUGUGUUUUUUUUAAAACUGCAUUUUACCAGAUGUUUUGAUGUUAUCACUUAUGUUAAUAGUAAUUCCCAUAUGUGUUCAUUUUAUUUUCAUGCUUUUCCUGCCAUGUAUCGAUAUUCACUUGACUAAAAUCACUCAAUUAAUCAGUGGCAAUGUGCAUGGUGACUUCUCCCCCCUCAAUGGCACACCGUUCACCCUCCUCUGCCACACA